UGACGUCAGACAUGUAGAAAAUGGCAGCAGGGCCGAACUGGGCAUACUCGCCUGGUGUAAUUAUUGUUGAAAUUCUUUCCUAUUUGACGCUUCGUGACAGACUCAGAGCAGCGUCUAUUUGCAAGAGAUGGAGAUCGUGCCUUUUCCACCCCUCACUGUGGAACAGUGUUGUGUUUGAACUGGGUGAAAGAGGCAGAGCGAAGUCAAAAUUUCUUGCUGACAGAUGUGGCCGUUUCGUGCGUGGAGCGGUUGUUAAAUUCAACUCGCUCAGUGUCGCUGAAGUGAGAGAAUGUGGCAGAAUACUAGCUAUCCUUUCGGAAAACAAGAACCUAAGGCAUUUCUCUCUCCAACCUUCGAGUUGCCACAUCGAAUGGCCCGACACUGAGGCUGUCCAUAUUAUUGACAAGUACCUGGACUUGAUUGAAUGUCUGAUUGAGCACAGUUGUAAACUGAGACACUUGUCUCUUGGAUGUGUGGAGGAGCUCCUGGUACACAGCAGUUCCCUCCUGCAGAAGCUGUCCUCCAAACACGGCUCCAGCCUCCAGUCUCUCCACCUGGCCAGUGUCAAGGAAGACAGCGAGAACUACGGCAUCAUUGACCUCAGCCCCGCCAAAUUUCACAACUUCUACCUUUUGCAGAGCCUCAGUUUGGACUAUGAUUACUUGACAAAUGAACUGCUGGAUCAGUUCGCUAACCCUGACAGAGCAAAGCUCCAGAAGCUCUGCAUCAAUGUUCAUGGUAUUGAAGCCGACCAUGAACGCAUCACAAAUGAUACAUGGAGGAAGAUACGAAACUACAGCCCCAAACUGGAGGUGACCCUCAAUCUGAUUCAUUCCUAUGAUGGAGUUGCCUCCCUUCUCGACAUCUUUCAGCCAGCCAUGCCACUGAUUCAUUUUCGACAGUUCUUCUGCUCGCAUGUUAACAUGGCUUCCAUAAGUUAUAUCUCGUCACAUUAUCGGAACAGCCUGAAGACACUCCACAUUGUUGAUGGUCUGGUAGAUGAUAUGUCUAGUCUCUAUGACAACCAUGACAUGGAGGACCCCUUUGUCAUGCUAGCAUGGCAGUGUCAGAAGCUUGAGCACUUUACACUCAUGGGUUAUGUUAUUGGGGAGAAUGACAUUGUGGCAAUAGCUCGUCUUCGAGGCCAGCAACUGAAGACGCUCAACAUUCCAGCGCGCUGUAUCUCCACUGCUGAAGACGAGGAGGAGUCGCACUCAUGGUUCUCAGUGGGCUGUGUCAGUCGAGACUUUGCCAAGAAGGUAUCUGAGAGCCUGCGCUACGAUUGGCUGCCCAUAGAAGAUGAUGAUUUGCCAGUGGCUGUCCUGCGAGAUGAAGCGGACGCUGAGGCUGCCUACAUGAACACCCUCCUCUCUGACCAGGUGUGGGAGGGGGACUAGAUGACACGGGUACCACCUGACGGAGAAGGGGGUGACAUGGCUGUGAUCAAGUACCUGAGUCAGCACAUGGCUGUCAGCAGGAGUUGUAAUGUUUCGGGGAACCCAUCCUUCAAGAUCAAAUUUUCCAUUCUCUGAUGAUUUUGCAGGCGUUCUUAUUUUUGACCACAAACAAAAAGUUCUGUACAUCAUUAAAUCAAUUGGCCAUGUUGGGUCUUUUUUAAAGGAAGUUUCCCUGAUGAUGUUAGAUAUUGUAACAAUUUUGAACUCCUGGGUAUUUCUUUAACUUUGGAUGGAGAGACUUUUGACAGGUAAAGCUGGGAUUGUCUAUCAAAAUUCCUUACUUGUUGCAUGGGUUUCACUCCAGUUCUUUGUAGAAUUUCGGUAUGAUUCUUUGAAUGCCAAUUUAUAUCCAUGUGAAACUAUGAGACCAUACUGCUGAUGGGGUCAUUUCUUUUGCCGGUAUAUUUUUAAGGAACCAAAUUGUGAUGUAUGUGAAACUGAAAUUGAUAUAAGGCUAAGUUUAACGAUUUAUGAAUUAUUCAUAAUCCUAUGAUUAAUCCAAAUUGCUGUUGUGGUUUGUCCAGAAGAAUUGUAUUUGGUUAGUUUGUGAAUUUUCUGGUAGGAUAGCCGACUGGUUGUAAUAAAUUAUUCUAAAGAAGGACCACUCGGUUCUUUCAUAUUACGACAGUUAUGGUCAUGCUAUGAAUGAUAAAGUACAGCAGUGUGAAAGAAUCGAGUAGUCCUUCACUUCUUGUGAGUAAUAUAUUCACUCAACAUGUCCCAAACCCAAGUUUCGAUUACAUACAACUGUACUGUGUGACUCUGUCACUGUUCGAGCUAGGAUUGAUCAAUGUGACUUCAUCACAAAUCUAUUAUUAGUUGAACAUGCCAUGAUGUCGAUGCAGUAUGGUAUUGAUAAGUUCCAUGUUGAUACAGGUGGGGCCAGUAUGGAGAUGAAUACUCAUUGACGUAAUAUCAGGAAUUGUGAUGGUCUGAUGUAAACGUUCAUAAAUGUGUGUAGAUUUAUUGUCCAUAAUCAGGUCUGUGUAUUAAAUUCUGGGCAUUACAGACUGAAACAAUCAAAAUGCUGAGUUUGGGCACUGAACAUUCCACCAUAAUGAAUAUGGUCAAUACAUUGAUUAUCAACAUGUUCAAUAGUUCUGUAUAUUUGCGAUCAGUAUUCAUUCAAAUGAAACUUAAGGAAAUCAAACAUCCCCAGCCUGAAAAUUAUUUAAAAUGUUUGAAUGUCUUGUAAAAUCAUGCUUGUGUAUGACUGCUCAAGCUGCUUACAUCAAACAUACACAUAUGCAUUGCUUCAGUAAGCAUGUUUGUUAAAAAUGAGUUAUUAUUCUAGAAAUACAUCAUGUAACUCUUUUAUUAUCAUUAGUUACUUUACCAAUCAACCAUCAUGAAGACAAACAUUUUGACUUGAAAAUUAUGAAGUACAAGUACAUUUUAACAUGGUUUAUAAAGAAAAUGAACAUCUAAUUUGUGCAAUAUGACUAUAAGUGAAUCUCAGAGGGGGCACAAAUUUAAAUCAACUUCAAGUCAAUGAUUGUUUCAGAAUGGCAUAUGUGAGACAUGUUGUGCCGUGUCUAUGCAGCAGGUGUCAUAGAAUUGUUUUGACCCACCUCAGUAUAUAUAUGUAUACAUCCACUGUGGAGUUCAGGAUUUCUUCUACAUUUUCUAAACAUGUUCUAUUUUGAACUGAACUAUUAUCAUGAUUAUAAGACCCAAUACUGAAUAGUGAUAUGGCCACCUUUGUGAAAAGUGGUAGGUAGACAGCAGGAUGGUUGAUAAACUGAUAAGGAAAAGUGCCUGUGAGAUUGAACUAGUUUCAGAGAUGGAUAUACUGUUUAGAAUUUGAUUUUUAAAGAUUAUUAUAACCUUUUGUCAAUCUACAACGUGAUUGUCAUGUCCAACUUGAGCAAGUAGCUCAGUGCAGUGGCUCCUAAAGGAGGAUCAAGCCAGCACUGUUGAUUCAUCCUCUAGUAAGACGUUAGCAUAUCACUUGCUAGGAAAGCAAAGAUGAAUUUGUUGAUAGAUCUCAUGGGGAAGAUGCAUAUGUUCCCAGUGGUAUUGGGAAGAUUGUGUGUUAUCUUGAUAUAUGGAAUAAGUAUGCUGCCCGAGGCCCACUUGUUUGAAGAUACCUGUGUCGUUUUGUCACAUCCUUUUACUGGAGCGUUAAAACACAUUGUGCUAGUUAAGAAAUUAUUUCUGCAAGAGGGCCUCGGGAAGGGCCUUUGUGCUCUUGAGACAAUACCUUAUGACCAUGAUUUAGUAAAGUGUCUUUUUAACAGUCGUUACACAAAAUCUCUAUUAUUACAGAGUAUUCCAUAUUCUGCUGCAGGAUUUCUUAUCAGUCUUGUAAUUUUGUUUUAGAUUUACCAAGUAGUACCUGAGAUAUAUAGGUGAAAAAUGUUUUGAAUGUAAGAACCAUGAAGAGCUUUGACAAGAUGAUGACCAGACAAAGAUGUCAGGAUGGUGGCAGAAUCUUAGUACAAAAGAUUUUGAAUUAUUUUCCAUUUGAAAUUUGCUGUUUAUACUUCACUGAACUUGUUUAUCUUUUUUUCAAAAUAUUAAUUCUAAAUAACUGUCCAGGUAAUAAGGUGACAGAUCUUUUAUUCAGGAUAUGUUUAUUGUAAUGACAAGGUCUUUACUGUUUUUUCUUUCUUCUACUAGUUGAGCCGAGUUUGUAACUCGUGUGUUUAAAAUUGUAAUUGCUGUUGAACAUGUUUGACCUUUCAUCUGCUGGUAAGAUGUAUUUAGAUGUAUUUUCCACCAUAUUUGGUAGUUUCAACCAGUGUGUUAACACAUGAAUGUUAUGAAGCCCCAGAUCCUUUGUUACUAUCUGUGCAUUAGCCUGGUGGUUGUUGAGAUUGUGGUGCUUUGUUUGAGACCAGUAUUAACGUUAACACCAGUGUCUUUGAGAGAGAAUCAUUACUGCCUUAUAUUGGACUUCACUAGGGCAGAGCGUUCGCUACAGCGCAGUAUGAAAACUGGCCGCACGACUCUAGUACAACAAGACAAUCAGGACUCAUUGUUGUUCAAAUCAUUCAGCGGUCUUUCCAUUCCAGUUAUUAUGUGAUAUACAUCAAGAUACCUCGCGCUGGCUGGACCACACUGAAUGUUUCUGGCUGCAUGGUGUUGACUGACUAAAAUCGGUUGGAUUUAACUGUGAUAUACUGCCAUACGUGCUUGUGUAUUGUUGUCAUCGGCAUACGUGACCUGUUCAUGUAAAGACUUGGAAUCUCAUGACAUACAUAUACCUCCAAACCACACAAAGACUAACUUGUGACGCCAUUCAGAGAGUUGUUGCAUGCUUGCCAUGCUAUGUUUGAUAUCUAUCAAUCGGCAGAUACGGGUGAUCAGGAAUCUUGUUAAUUCUAGCAUUGUGAAUAUGAAUACUGAGGACCAGAAGUCACAUGAUCCAAGUCCCACAACUCCUUUACCAGCUGUGAUACCCACAUUUCGUCGACAUUGGAGAGAUUUUUCAGCACCGAAUGAACAGUUUGCCAUCUUUUGUUGUUGUUUAUGAUUAUUUAUCUCAACUAUUCCAGGGGAAAGAGAGAGAAAGAAAGAAAGGGAUGAGUGCUAUUUCCACCAUUGUUUUCACCGUCUUCAUGAGUUACAGGAGAUUAUCAUGACACAUAUGCAACAGGAGUUUUUCAUGCCAUGGUACAGGCUGUUGAUGGAGGCCUGCCCCUAAACAAAGGCUGUAUAUGUUUUGCCUAGGGGGGCUGUUUAUUAUGUUCUAUUAUUAUCUUUAACCAUGGUCAUUUGAGAUCUGGGGCUGAACUGAUAGUAAGACCAUUCAGAAAGGUUUCUCAUUCAUGCUACAUUUUACCGAAUACUUCUACAGAAUGUUCAAGAACGGGAGAGGCUGUGUGUGUUGAAGAAAUGUUUUAACUUGAGGUCAGGAGUUAAUAGGUAAACUUUUAAUCUCCAGACUUUUUGUAGAUACUCCUUAAGUUUUUAAGAAAACCUGAAGAACUUGUAAGCUAAUGAAGAUCGUUGGUUUAUUUUCUGACUGCUUCUGUUCACUGGGUAUUUGAAGACCUGCUUUCAUAUACAACUAUUGCAACAACAGAACCCAAGGCAGUGUGCCUAAGGUGUUUCGUAUCUAUAUAUUGGAAGCGUUUCAGCCAGUGUUGUAGACCAUUCUUUUCCACUAUGGCUGAUUAAUCUAAAUUGUCUUUUGACCAUAUAUAAAUAACUCAAGUUCCAGCUUUACAAAACGAUUUUUAAUCUUUUAGUAUAAAUACAAGAAAAUAUUGACUUUUUUUAGUGUGAAAAUAAAAAAAAUAUUGUAUUUUGUCAUGAAGAUGGUUGAUGUAAAAUAUUGAAAUUCCUGUGUAGAUGUGUUUUCUUAAAUAUUUGUCUGUAUAUGUAAAUGUCAUGUCAAAAUCUGUGCUGUUUUUCAAUGUCAUGCCCUUGGACAUUACCCGUUUAUUGGUGUUUUGAAGAUACAUGUAUCUAUAAUCCAUGUUCAGACCUUUUGGUGUUAGCACUUGGAAUGUAGGGAAGGUGCUCAUCACAUUUUAACUGAUAAUGCGAACAGAAAAUUAAAUUUGACUUCACUGUUUUCAGUAAGAGACCAUAUCUACCUACCUAUGUAGUAUAUAUAUGAAACAUCAUUGACUGGGAAUAUUGCUUCAGGAACAUUUUGAAGACUUUCAUAUUUUAAGUUGCUUAGCAACGUGUAUCUUGUCAACUUAUUAUCACAGGGUUUUUUCAGCAGAAUCACUUUUGUGAACAAGUUUAUAUCUAGUAUGAUAAGUAAGUGUGAGAAAUCUGAUGGUUAUUUUUGGCUAUGAAGUGAUUUUUAGAAAUGACUAAUGGUUUGAAGCGAUUUUAUUAAAAACAGAUCUUUUACUCCAAUGCCAUAUGUCAGAAUGUGAGGACACUUCCUUAGAAGGUUGUCAGUGAACCCUGCUCAUACUUGACUGUCCAGUCAAAAUGAAGGCUGUGUGGACGUAAGACCCAAUUCUGUGUUGGCUUUCUAAAACAGUUCAACUUUAUUUAUUUACUCAGGGAUGGCAAUUUUCUGCAGAUUUCCGUCGAUAUUAUUCAAACUGAUCAAUUCUGUGAAUCGUCUAAAUCCGUUGACAAACCCUGAACCCCAUUCGAUGACACAACAUUAAGUUUUCAGCUGAAAAUAGAUUUUCCUGUUGCCAUCCCUGUUUACUGCCUCACAUUGGAAACUUAGAUCUGCCAAAGAUUGCCAUAUGUACCCUCUCAAAGUAAACUUUGAGCGUAGAUGUCUUGCCACUCACAAGUGUCGGAGACAUAUGAACAUCUGGAUUCAGACUGAUCUUCCACAACUCAUGGUUGAUGUUAAGGGCAACAAAUUGGAUUGGUUGGUCAGGUUUUUUGACUUGGUAAAUGAUUGUCAUUAUAUUCCAUUUGCCUAGAUAAUGCUCAUAAUGUCUGCUGAGGACUUAUAUAGCUGGGAUAUUGGUGAUUGCAAUGCUACACAACAAACAAGCAAAUGAGCACACAUAGGCAACAGAAUGUAUAACAUAUCCACAACAGUAUCGGGUGGUAUGCUUUGGACUUCAGAUUAUCAUUUAGGUUUACAAAAUCUCAUACCAUGAAUUUUUAAGCCAGAAGAUGACUGAUGGAUGAGAGAGUUCACCUGACAGGACCGCCCAUAGAGGUGUCCUAAGAUAUUCAUGCAGUGGAGUAAAAGAUCUAUUUUAAUUAGAUUGGGUUGGAGACAUAUAAACAAGUCCAACUUGAUAUAUAUAUAUAUAUGAUAAGCAUUAUCAAAUAUUACAUAGUCAUUCAGUAGAGCAUCCAGAUUUUCAUGAAUAGAAUUUCAUGCAAACAUAGAAAAUGUUGCAUAUUAUCUUACAGGGCACAGUCUACUGAUUUAUACAGAUUAUUAAAUGAGUUCCAGGUUUUUUGGAAGAAUAGAGAAAUAAUUUCAAGCUUGUGUAACAUGCUUCAGUUUUCAAAGACUUUAAAAGUAGGCUGGACAUAGUAUUUAUUUCAAAAGCCAUUGACAAAUAGUAGCAUGUUUUUUUGUGGAUUAUUAGCAGUUUUUGCAGUUUGCAUGUUAUAAUACUUAUCUUAAGGGAAGUCUAGUGAAUUCUGUUUGACCUCCGUCGUUAACUUGAAAUUGUCCAUGUUAGAACACUACCUGUAAAUCUUCCGAAAGUUAUGCAAAGAGCUGCACUGUGUUGACGGAAGAAACAUCAGUUGCUUGAGAUAUGUCUCCAACAAAUUCUUGUCCACAUUUCGAGGUUUUGGUUUGGUGAAGGACAAAAUGAUGUAGCACUUUCUAGUCUAGUUUCUAGAGUUACAAACACCGAGAGAUUUAUCAUGUCAGUGUAAGUAUUGUGUAUAUAUAAUAUGUCGUACACACACUAGUGUCCUUUUAGCAGGUUUCUGCAGUGCAGUUUACAAGUCGUUUUUGCCAGAUUAUACUGAUGUCUUGUACCUAUUUUAUAUUAUAUUGCAUGGAAAACAUGGCAAAUACAAGCUGGGGGAGACAGUCCUGUAUACUGACACACUUUGAAAAUGCAAAUAAGGCAAGGCAAAAUGGACAAAUCAAGUUGCGGGUAUUUUUGUGUGAGAUCAACAAACACAGCAAUGGAUUCAGAUCUGAUUUAAAGUGCUUUGAGAUGAACCCAGUGCAAAAAGACAUAUUGUCUCAUCCACUUUCAAUGUGUGUCUGUAUGAUUUAUAACCUGAUAUGUUAGUUUCAGUUUUGACUUCUGAAAGUGUCCCUCUUAAUUGAAAUUCUUGUUUCAAGAGUGCUGUUCGAGAAGGGGGCGGUGGGGCAACCUAGUUCGCUAAUCAUGGUUCGGGUUCGAACCCAGGUUCGAUUCCCCACAUGAAUACAAUGUGUGAAGCCCAUUUCUGGUGUCCCCUGCCGUGAUAUUGCUAAAAGCAGCGUAGAACCAAACUCACUCACCUGUUUAAGAGGAGGUGAGUUAUGCAGUUGUGAGAUUGUUUGUUGACUGAAACAUAUGAGGGCUCCCUAAAAUAUGUAUUUCAACUGAUGGUUAUUGGAGAUUUUUAUGUUCCCUUCGUCAUUUUGACCCCAGUACCAAUUUCCUCAAAGCAGUUUAGCUGUAAAUUGGCUUGAAGGGACAUUCCAAAUUUGUCAUGUGAUGUAACAGGACAACAUGUGGGGAAAGACAGUGCCGAAGCUUUGAUGGCUUCCUAUAGAAUUGUAUGAUGGUUAAGAAAGAUAGUUAACCUUGAAUAAUGUUUUUAAACAGGCUACAGUAGACUUAUGAAAGGGAAGACUAUCCUUCCAAUAGUUGUCAUAUUUGCAAAAUAUUCC